AUGCAUUUCUUUAAAAUUUAAUAAUUUUUGAUUUGUUAAUAAUUUCCCUCUUUGAUUUGCAAAUUAAGGCAGAAACCCACGCACACUAUUAAAAGAGAUAAGACGUUUAUUUGGAGGGCAGAUAGGAUUGAGUGGUAUUAUUUGAUGUUACGAUCAUUUCUUGAUUUAUAACUAAAGGGUUUGUUCUUCAGUUUUUAAAGUAGAAAUUAAUAUGAUCGAUGGGAUGUGUGA